AUGCCUGUACUAUCGCAUACCGCGUCCUGGUUCAGUGUUGUCGUUAAUAUUUCACUUAUUUCCACUGGUAUUACUAUCCAAAUUGUGGGACCGUCAGAUACUACGGUUGUAGAUGGCGAAGACGCUACACUAGAUUGUAUUAUCACUGAUAUUGUCUCACCAUAUGCUGGCGCAUGGACAAAUCAUUUCGAUUUGAAGAUUCCAAAUGUUAAUGUUGAAGACGAAGGAACAUACAAUUGUGGCUCCACCUUAGAGUCUCCGGGAACUGUACCAGGACAUUAUGCUGUACUGGGCAUAACAGUGCCUGUGAGAUCCGUCAAUAUUGUGGGGCAUUCAAAUGGUAAUACAGCAUAUGUAGUAGAAGGGUCAGUGUCUGCAUUUACAUGUAGUGUUAUAGGCACCAAACCAUCAGCUGAUAUAGACUGGUUUAUAGGAACACAAUUAUAUCAGGGCACACUAAGUGUAGAGAAUGACGGGAAACUACGUGAUACAACAAGUGUGUUUACAUUUACACCAAACUUAGACAAUGAUGAUGAUAAACAACUACAGUGUAAAGCUAGUAAUACCGAUGAAAGGUCACCAGUGAUGACACAUGUCAAGUUAUAUGUAAAAGUUCCUGUGCUGGACAAUCCUCUUAUCUCAGACACUACGAAUGACUAUCUUACUGGUUCUACUGUUAUUGUUACAUCUGGCGAAUCCUAUACAUUUACAUGUACUGCUGGUGAAUCAAGACCUGAAUCAACUAUAACAUGGUAUUUAGGGAGUACUCUAAUGAAUGCGAACGCACCCACUACAACCACCAAUGGGAAAUUGAAAACAACAAUAAGGUCAUUGACAUUUACACCUGAACGGAGCAAUCAUAAUGAGCAGUUAAAAUGUAGAGCUGGCAAUGACGUCACAGAUCCAUAUAAAGAAUCUUAUAUUGUACUUGAUGUCUAUGUUUCAGCUUACAUAUUCGCAUUUCCGUCUGAGGCAAUCGUGACAGAACAAUCCAGUACAAUAACGUUGUAUUGUGAAGCUACCGGGAUACCAGAUAUUGUUACAUAUACGUGGCGAAAGGCCAACAGGGACAUCAAAAUAAGCGGUAGAUACAUUCUGAAUGAUGGAUCAUUGACUAUUAAUAAUAUUGUAAGAGAAGAUGACGGUGUAUAUACAUGUUAUGCUAGUAAUGGUGUAGGACAACCAGAUAGUGCAUCAGCUACAGUUACUGUAUAUUACGCACCUGUGAUCACUGGUACUACGGAAUACUAUUGUGAAACUGGUGAAUCAAUAUCAAUGAAUGUAUCUGUAAAUGCAAACCCAUUACGUGUGACUUUUGGUGAUUGGAUAAAUGAUGACGUAGUUCUAAAGGACAAAAUAGAUACAAUCUCCACGAGUACGGUAUUUAUCGACGAAGUCACGGAAUUGCAUUUUGGCUUAUAUAAUAUUACUGCACGUAAUGACAUUGGUAGAGUUACACUUCAGGUAGAAUUAUAUCGUGAAGGUGAACCAAUAGUUAAUUUAAAUGACCAGACUGGUAUAAUAAACUGGUCACGUCACGAAGAUAUGAAAUAUCAAUGUGUGAAAAUAGAAAAAUUGAACAGAGAUGACAAUUGGAGUAUAGAGGAGAAUUGUUUAGACAGAGAUGUGGUGGAGUAUACAGUGAAAGAUAGCAACGCGGAAUAUAGAGUUACGUAUUGUACACGUGGUAAUACAUGUGAGGGACAUCAUUUUAAAGCAAUAAAAAACAAUGACUAUCAAAAUGCAGAUUCUGUAGAAUGUUCUAACACUGCUGCAAUUAGUAUAAGUGUACUCGUAUCCUUACUUGGUGGCGGCGUAAUUGGUUUCUUUAUCGGCUUUAUCCUGAUUAAGCGGGUUACGAACAAAACGACAACACAGACCCCAAAAGAAGAUAGAGAGUACACCAUGAGUUCUGAAAUUAGAAGUGAGACUGGAUAUGAGAUACCGAUGUCAAUGUCAUCUAAGCCACGUGUUGCAGUUGACCAUACUUAUACGACACUUUCACCAGAGACAAUGGAACCUGCUUCAGAAUAUGAAUUACCAAAUCUAAAGGGUGUCAACACGAAUGGUGUAGUCUAUCCUGAACCGGGAUUUACAAGACAUUACAUUGUAGACGAAGCUAGUUUAGUUAUAACUGAUACACAAUUGAGUGAUAAUGGAAUGUAUUGGUGUCAAGUCACAGUAGUACCUUUCGGCAGUGAUGAAAAACCACUAACACUCACAGUAAUCGCUGCGACAGAACCAUCUCAACCUAUUGUAAGAUUCAAUGAUGACAGUAAUCCAUUCAAUGAAGACGACGUAAUCACAAUGACUUGUACAUCAACUGGUAUUCCCACACCAAUAUUCAGUUGGUUAAGAGAUACCCAACCAUUACCAGCACUGGAUAAAUAUCAACUCAAUGCAGAUGGGACUGUAUUAACUAUCAAUACAUGUGACCAAGACGAUAAUGGUAGAACAUUCACAUGUCAAGUGUCUAAUUUUAAAGGAAGUAAAACAGACGAUAUUGCUCUGAAUAUUAGAUUUCCAACAGAGAGUGUGACAUUAUCUGGCAUAACCGAUCCAUUGAAGGAAGGUGAAACUAAAAUACUGACUUGUACCACAUCAACCAGUAAUCCAGCAUCUCAGAUAUCAUGGUUAAAAGAUAACAAUGUAUGGACUGCUAAUACAUAUGAAUCUAUUACAUCUGAUGUUACAAGAGAUGGAGAUUAUAAUGGUAAAAUAAGUGAACAACAGAUGACAAUAUUCAUAAAAGCAGAACAUAACAAUAAAUCAUAUCAAUGUCAAUCAAGUCAUACAGACUUUACUGGUCAUGUGACAUCUACUGUCACUGACCUUACUGUGUAUUUUAAACCACCAUCAGUGAGUUUAAGUGGAUACAGCACUGCAGUAAAGAGUGGUGAUAUGUUGACAUUAACCUGUGAAACUGACAGUAGUAAUCCUGCAGCUGUUAUAUCAUGGUAUAAAGAUGGUGAUAUAUUCACUGGUAAUUCAGAUGAAACAAUAUCAGAUUAUUCAGAGAUUGAUGGUGAUAAUGGUGGUACAAUAAGACAACAAGAUUUAGAAAUAAGAUUACUGCCAUCGCAUAAUAUGGUACAAUAUCAAUGUAAAGCUGUUACUACUGAGAUUAAUAGUAUAUCAGUAGAUUCAGCCACUCAACAAAUCACUGUAUAUUUUUCUCCUAGUUAUUCAUCUUCAUGUGUAAUCCAACUCACCGGUUAUCCUAGUAACAUAGACCACGUGAUGGAAGAUGACAAUUUAGUCCUGACAUGUACGUCAUGCAGCAGUAACCCAGAUGCAGUAUUAGAAUGGUACCAAGACAACCAACCAAUCAAGGAUAAUCUUAACUCAAUUAUGUAUACCAAUGGCGAAUUCAAUGGGAGAAAAACAACACAAAACUUAAGCCUUGUUUUAUCAUAUCAUCACCACAACAAUGAAUUAUAUUGUGUAGCUGUCAAUGACGAGUUUGAUAAUUGCGUAUCUACGUCUGAGCCAGUGAAAUUGAAUGUUUAUUACACACCCAUUGCAGUGAAUAAAACACGGAAUGAAAAGUCAAGAGCUAAUGAAGGGGAAACAGGAGAAUUAAGAUGUCAAAUUAAUAGCAACCCUACCUCUACACUACAGUGGAUUAGUCUAAAUGGAUCUGUACUAACUACCAAUGACAGAAUUACAAUAUCCAAUUCUACACACGGAACAUUACAUGAAAGCAUAAUUACAAUUAGUAAAACUGAAUCUGAUGAUUAUGGUAACUACACAUGUUUUGCUAAAAGUGACUUUGCAAAUACAACAUUUAUUGUAAUAUUCCAAGGAAAAAACGACACAGUUUUGGAUGAGAGAAGAUACGAAAAUGUGGCUGGAGAUUACUCAGAAAUUGAAAAUAAGUUGGAAUCUGAUAAGAAUGCAGACGUCGCUUAUGAAUCUAUUGAGAAAAUCGGGCCCACUAAAAAUGAAGACGAGAAAUAUGCUAAACUUUCAUUUGACAAAAAUGAAGUUGUUUACAUGAAAUCAGGACAGAAGACAAUAGAAUUUCCAAGAGAUCGUGUUUGUAUCAAGAGUAUUAUUUCGACUGGGAAGUUGUAUGAAAUCAGUAAGGCAGAAGCAUGGAACAUUGAUGGCGUAUCUGGACAUAUUGAUGUAGUUAUUAAGAAGAGUAGUAACGGAGAUCCUCUGGUAGAAAAUGAAAUUGUGAAGGAAAUAGAAAUACUGCAAUCAAUACGUGGAAACAGUAAUAUAAUUCGAAUACUUGGGUGUUGUACAGAAAAAGCUCCAAGUUUCAUAAUACUGGAUCAUUUAAAUGUCGACUUGAAGACAUUUCUCCAAUCGCAGCACACAUAUAAGGCCAUGGAAGCUCCGAAUAAAGAACUGAUUUCAUUCGUAUUGAAUAUCGCCAAUGGAAUGGAGUAUCUGUCUAGCUUAAAG